CCAUUUUGUCGCGUGCAGGAAAGCUGCAGUGUUGAGGUUGGCAGCGCGGCGGUGUUUUUUUCCCAACACUGGAGUUUUAGGUUAGGCUUAUUUAAUAACGACAGCGAAGUGCAUUCACGAAACUGCAGCCAUGUCUGAAAACACUUCGGCAGCAGAUUCCGGACCCGCCGAGGUGCUGGAAGGCGCCGGUGUUCGCAAACUGUCCGAGCUGAGAGUGAUCGACCUGAAGGCCGAGCUGAAGAAGCGAAACCUGGACAUCAGCGGCAACAAGAGCCUGCUGUCCGAGCGCCUCAAGAAGGCCAUUGAAGAGGAAGGAGGCAAUCCUGAUGAAAUAGUGGUUCAACUUGAAAUAACUCCUAAAAAAACACCUAGAAGAGCACCUAAAGGGAAGAGACAAGACAAUGAUGAAUCGGAGGAUUGCACAAUCGAAGAGGAUUCUGUUGACGGCCAGGAUGAUCCUGAUGCACAUGCAGAGAAUCUACAGGAAAUGGAUAUCAUGGACAUGAACAUUCUGGAUGAAGCCGAGAUUGACAAUGGUGUGGCAGCUGAUGGUGAUGACUAUGAUGAGAAUGAACUUCUAGACAUGAUGUCAAAUGAAGCAGGGAAUGAAAAUGAUGAAAUUGCAGAUGCUUCAGCUCUCGAGUCACCAGGAAGACCUGAGACAGAGGAGGAAAUGGAAACUAAAGAUUCGAGCUCAGAAAGAAAACAGAGACUGGAUUCUCAGGAUCAUGAACAAGAAGAGGAUCAUGAAGAGACAAAAAGGGAAAUAGAAAGUGACAAAGUAGCCGGGUCUUGUAUAUCAGAGCUGCAUAAAGAAGAGCCAACUGAGGAGUCGAGUGAAGAGAAGAAAGCUUCAGUCUGGGAUUCUCACAAAGACGAAGUCAAUGUGUCCAACCUCAGUAAAGCUGAGGAUGCCAGCAAUAUGGAAGGAGAGUCAUCGGCUUGUGAAGCAGACAUUGACACGUCAAAGCAAAGCGAUGUCGAACCAACGUGCAAGGACCAACAAGGUGCUCAGGACAAUUCGACGGAUGCCGAGAGCGCAUCUGCUCAGGCCGCUAACGCAAACGAAACGGGCUUGCACGAAAUCGCAAACGCAGCCGAUUCGGAAACUGCGUCGAAGGCGGAGGGGUCUGAGGAAGACAAGAAGACUGAAGAGAGCGCUGCAGAUUCUUCAGAAGUGAAAGAGUCCUCUGUAGAGGGUGAUGAUCAGAAAAAGAGCGGUGAUGAAAAAUCAGGUAAAAGUGAGUCAAAAGAUGACAAAGGUAGUGCUGCAGCUAGUGGAAGAAACCUUUGGGUUAGUGGACUCUCUUCAACCACCAGAGCGACUGAUCUGAAGAAUCUGUUCAGCAAAUAUGGCAAGGUUGUUGGUGCAAAGGUGGUGACAAACGCCCGCAGCCCGGGGGCUCGAUGCUAUGGCUUCGUUACAAUGUGUUCUACAGAGGAGGCUACGAAGUGCAUCAACCAUCUGCACCGAACUGAGCUCCAUGGGCGAAUGAUCUCUGUAGAAAGGGCCAAGAAUGAGCCAGCGGGUAAAAAGCCUGCAGACAGAAGUGAUGCCAAAAAGUCCAGCAGUGACAGGAGACACUCAUCCGAGUCCAAGACUGAAAAAUCUGAUGGCAAGGAUGAAAAGGAUGAAAAAGAUGAAAAGGCUGAAGGCUCUGAUGACAAAGCCCGUGGAGAGAGGACUGUUGUGAUGGACAAAUCGAAAGGGGAGCCAGUCAUCAGUGUCAAGACUAAGAGCAAGGAGCGGAGCACGAAGAGUCGGGACCGCAAGUCUUCCAGCAAAGAGAGGAAGGACAUCCUGUCGUUUGACCAGAUCAAAGAACAGCGGGAGCGUGAGAGACAGAGGCAGCGUGAACGAGAAAUCCGUGAGGCAGAGAGACGUCGGCAUUCUGGCAGUGAUCGCGACAGUCGCAGCGAGCGUGAGCGUAUUCGUCUGUUCCGCGAGCGCGAGGAACGUGAGAGGCUGAUGCGCAAGCGCAACUGGCUCGAGGUGGAGAAGCAGCGGCUGGAGGCUGACCGUAUGGAGCGAGAGUUCUUGGAGCGUGAGCGCAUGCGAGUGGAAUACGAGCGGCGGCGUGAGCAGGAGAGAAUUCAUCGAGAGCGCGAAGAGCUGCGCAGACAGCAGGAACAACUUCGCUAUGAACAAGAGCGUCGCCCAAUUAAGAGGCCCUAUGAUAUGGAGGCCAGGAAAGACGACUGGCAGGUUAAGAGGAUGCCCAUGGAUGACCGUUACGGACGCUCAGACUUUGGACGACAGGAGCGCUACCAAGACUUUGACCACAGAGACCGCAACCGAUACCAGGAUGACAUGAUGAUGGACAGGAGGGAUGGUGCCAGAGGAGGUAUGCCUGGAGACAGAGAAGGCCAGCAUUUCCCGGAUCGGGAAAGACACGGGAGGGACUCUAGGGAUAACUGGGGUGCAGGUGGCUACGAUAAGCGACCCAUGAACCCCACAAGGCCGGUGCCUGGCAGGGAUAACAGAGAAUGGGAGCCUGGACGCAAGAUGGAAGGGGACCGGCCCUGGCAAGGUGCAGACCGGGGCAUUCCAGGCCAGAGUCACAUGGCCCGAGGAGGAAUGGCAAAUCGGGGUGGAUAUAUGCAGACCGGAACGUCCCAGUCCCUCUCUGGAGCCUUAAACCGACAGAACCAGAUGAUGCAGGGUGGUGGGAUGCAGGGAGGCGGAGCCUUUGGCCGGCGCUACUAACCCCUCCUAUCCUCGUUUUCUUUCUUUUGUUUUGUACCUAUUUGUGAGCUCACAGCUUGUAUAUAGCUUCUAAAGCUUUGUAAAUUUGUUUGACUUUUUAAAGAUUUUUUUUUUUUUUUUGGCCAUGCAACAGACGAAAAGAUCUAUUACAGAGUGCAGCAUCUAUGGUUUUAUUGUUUUUUUGUUUUCCCCUUCUCCAUCCAUUCCAAAACAUUUUAUGAUCAUUUGUUGUCUAGUGGAUUAGUUUCCUCAGUACAUACUCAGGAAUGGUCUCAGCUGAAACUUGAAAUGCGUGCCAUCACUCCCAGUGCUGUUCAUAAGGCAAGUUUCACUGGAUAAAUUGCAGAGGUUUUUGUUGUAUCACAGUAGUUAUAAUGCUGAUAUAAUUCAUUCUUCUGAUCAUGUUGGUCUAACUACAGUUUCCUGUCCAGUUGACCCUACACCUUGUAGUGGAAUUCAUUUGUGGUGUUUGCCCAGUGGAUGGUGCUGUUGCGCUGCAGUAGACAAGUUUCAUGUCUCUUCUGUCCUGUUUAGGAGAGCAACUGCAGUCCCUGCUGUAACAUACUGAUACUUUUUCAUUGUAACUGUUUUGGAUGAAGUCUUAAAGUCACCGGUGUGCAUGCUCUCCAUUUCUUUUCUUUUUCAGUACAUGUUUGGUUGAGUGGACAAAGGCUCUGAAUAAAGUUGUUUCUUAAAAGAAA